GCUGAUGGUCGGAAGGUCCUGCGGUCCAGCAUACGGGAGUUCCUGUGCAGCGAGGCCAUGUUUCACCUAGGAAUACCAACAACGAGGGCUGGAACAUGUGUGACAUCUGACUCGAAAGUUGUCCGUGACAUAUUUUAUGAUGGGAAUCCAAAAAGUGAAAGGUGUACAGUCGUUCUGAGGAUAGCUUCUACAUUUCUAAGAUUUGGUUCUUUCGAAAUUUUUAAACCUACCGAUGAAUACACAGGACGCAAGGGUCCCAGUGUUAACCGAAACGAUAUUCGAAUACAGAUGCUAGAUUACGUGAUCAGCACUUUCUAUCCAGAAAUCCAGGAGGCUUAUUCAGACAACAGUAUCCAGAGGAAUGCUGCUUUCUUCAAAGAGAUAACGAAACGGACAGCAAGAUUGGUUGCUGAAUGGCAGUGUGUUGGGUUUUGCCAUGGCGUGCUGAAUACAGACAACAUGAGCAUAGUUGGACUAACCAUUGACUAUGGCCCUUUUGGAUUUAUGGACAGAUAUGACCCUGAGCACAUUUGCAAUGGUUCUGAUAAUACAGGGCGCUAUGCUUACAACAAGCAGCCAGAGAUUUGCAAGUGGAACCUGGGGAAGCUUGCUGAAGCUUUGGUUCCAGAGCUGCCCUUGGAAAUAAGUGAACUCAUCCUGGAAGAGGAAUAUGAUGCAGAAUUUGAGAAACAUUAUUUACAGAAGAUGAGGAAGAAAUUAGGCCUAAUCCAGCUGGAAUUAGAAGAAGAUAGCAAGCUGGUGUCUGAACUCCUUGAAACCAUGCAUCUCACAGGUGGAGACUUCACAAAUAUUUUCUACUUGCUGAGUUCAUUCUCAGUAGACUCUGAUCCUUCAAAACUGGAAGAUUUCUUAGAAAAGCUUACAAGUCAGUGUGCUUCUGUGGAAGAACUGAAAGUUGCUUUCAAACCACAGAUGGAUCCAAGGCAGCUGUCAAUGAUGCUAAUGUUGGCUCAGUCUAAUCCUCAGCUCUUUGCAUUAAUUGGAACAAAAGCUAAUAUAAAUAAAGAAUUAGAACGCAUCGAGCAAUUCUCUAAACUGCAGCAGUUAACGGCAGCUGAUUUACUCAGCAGAAACAAAAGGCACUGGAAGGAAUGGCUGGAGAAAUACCGAGUGCGUUUGCAAAAAGAAAUAGAAAAUGUUAGUGAUGCUGAUGCCUGGAAUGCUCAUCGUGUGAAGGUCAUGAAUUCAAACAACCCAAAAUAUAUCUUGAGAAAUUAUAUUGCCCAGAAUGCCAUAGAAGCAGCUGAAAACGGGGAUUUCUCAGAGGUAAGAAACGUCCUGAAACUCUUGGAGAAUCCAUUCCAAGAAGCAGAAGGCUUCAGGGAGGUACAGGAAGAUGCAGAAGAGGAGGGGGCAACUGCUACAGCAGCUGCUUGUGCUCAAGAGACCAGAAGCAGACUACCAUACUGCAGUAAACCUCCGCUGUGGGCUUCGGAGCUCUGCGUUACAUGA